UUCUGGUCUCAACCGUCUCCUAUCCUGUGAGACCGGUCUGAUUCACUUCACCACGAUCAAGCAACGACAUCGGGUUAGCGAGUCACGAUUCAUCUCGCGAUUUUGUCACGUGACCGCGAUCUUUCAAUUUUUGUCACGAGAAAUUAGUGAUAGUGAAUCCCCCUAUGUGCUACCAAGUGAUGGUUGUGACCCUUAUAAUUAUGGUGACAAGAGAGGAUUAUGAAUUUAUUGUGAAUAGAUAUUGUUUCUGCUUGUGCAAGAGUGAUCGUUUAUAAAUAUGGAUAAUAGUGUACGUGACAUAAAGAAGACUGAAUUAUAAAUUCUUUGUAGGAAUGAAUUCCCCUUUAGCUUUCAAGGAUACCACGAAUUAUCGUUAUUUCAAGGAUACCGCGAAACCAAUCACUUUCCCAUUCCGUCCGCCGGAAAGAAAACUAGACCUGAGAGGAAUCUUCGAGGCUCAACAGUGCAUGAAAUAAUCAGACAACGUCGGAUGAACAUCACAGCGUCACGGCUGAUCUCGCAUAAUACAUUCAAUGCAUCUUACUUUCAAGCGACCUUUGUAAUUUACACAUUUUAUCUGUCAACAUUUAUUGCAGUACAAAUAUUCCAUAUAAUAAUAUUCUUAAUGUCUACUUUAAAUCUAAGUCAGAUUGAUACACCAUUUAUCAGAUAAAAUAAAUUAAAAUAAAAUAUAUCGUAGAGAAAAAAUUUCAUCAAACAUAAUGUUCUUUAACACAUCAUUAUAAGAUGUAGUACAAAAAACUAGAAAUUCUAAUGGACUCAACAACAUGAUUGUAUUUUAAAGUGCAUAUAAAAACGUGAGUCGUAAAAGUUGCAGAUCCGAUAUCAAAUAGAAAUUAUGUCGGAUCACGCAGAUAGUGAUGUGGAUGCCGCGGAGGAGAUAAAUGUCGAUGAUUCCGAUUCUCGUAGUUGUAGUCCCAGGAACUAUUUGCACCAUCACGAUUCUAACAGGAAUCAUCAUCAUCAUCAUCAUCAUCAUGAUGUCCCGUCCGAGUGUUCCAAUUCCCCACCUCCCAAUCAAACAAGUACAAAGACUCUACAAUCGGAACCACCGAGAAGUCAUCCAUUUAGCAUUAGUCGACUUCUCGGUGAGAAUAGAAGUCAAAAUCCAAAAAGUCCAUCGUCCGAAGAUUUGGACAGUGACAAAGAUCGAAGAUCGUCAUGGACAUGGGAGGAAAGUAAUAAUCGAACGUCGACAUUGGAAGAUGGAAGACGUUCAUGGGAGCCAGAAGCUGAGGAAAAAACUUCGGAGAAAGACGAUGAUGACGAUACUGGAAGUACGCCCGAGAUUCCCACCAGUCAUUCAAUUCAUUCGAAUGAUUUAUUAGCACCUUUCAGACUUUUUCCCGGUGGUUCUGGACUUAUAUACACCGGAGGUGGAGUCAUUAGGGUGCCGGCACACAGGCCACCGGGUACGAAUGGCGCACCAACCUCGGGAGUACCUAAUCAGGCACUGAUACCUCAUUGGAAUUUGCAAGCUCUACAGCAUAGUCAACAACAAGCUGCAGCUGCUGGACUUAGAGCUAGCUUCUUUGCUAAUCUUGCUCCCCAUCCUCUACAGGCGCAUCCGCAUCUAAAGGAUAGGCUAGCAGUGGCUGGAGCGUUUCCAAGGCGAAUUGGUCAUCCUUAUCAGAACAGGACGCCGCCAAAACGGAAGAAGCCAAGAACAAGUUUCACCAGGUUACAAAUCGCCGAGUUGGAGAAACGCUUUCACAAGCAAAAAUAUUUGGCCUCAGCCGAAAGAGCUGCGCUCGCGAAAUCUUUAAAGAUGACGGAUGCCCAAGUGAAAACAUGGUUUCAAAACAGGCGAACGAAAUGGAGGAGACAAACGGCCGAAGAGAGAGAAGCAGAAAGACAGGCGGCAAAUCGUUUAAUGCUGUCGUUACAAGCGGAAGCUUUAGGAAAAGUUGGAUAUCCAACUUCAAUACCAUCUCAUCCAUCCAAUACAUCUGUCCCUAAUCUCGAAGGCCAACAGGCCCCUCCACCAUUAGCUCAUCCCGUGGGUCAAUGGGCCUCACCAUACGGUCCACCCCAACCUCUCACUGAUCCUAUUUGCUGAGUGUAAUGAAGAAGCCAUGUAAAUUUAAGUUUCACAUUAUUAUACGAGCUCUAGUUUUUGCUUCUUUCUGAGAAUUCGUUCGCAAAGGAAACAUUAAACAAUGAAUAUUCCGCAAGAACUCACUGUAUAUAGAUGUACCGAGAGUUCCUCGAAGACUUAACGCUUAACUUGAACCACGAACAGAAUCAGAUAAUCACCUUCUCUCGUUCAAGGAAAGGAAAAAAAAAUUAUAUACAUAUAUAUGUGUGUCAGUGAAAAAAGUUGAAAAUAAAAUUAGUUAACAAGAAUUUUUGAAACGCGUCUUACAAAAUUGACUAAGAGGACAUGUGAAAAAAAAAUUUAUUAUUUUUCAAGCAGGAAUCAAGAAUGACAUUAAUUUUUUAACAUAUAUUCAAAUCAAUAAAACUAAAUUAUGAAUAUAAUUUCAAAAUAAUAUGAUCUCAGAAUAAAUAAAAUUAUUAUGAGCGGAAUAUUCAAGUUGUCUGAUUGCCAAAAAAAUGACGAAGCUUGACAGUCUCGACUGCUGAGUUGAAUAAUGUAAAUAUUUCUUUAAAAAGUGUUGUGAUUCUGUUAAUGUUGAUAAAAGUAGAAUUUUGUAUUUUUUAUUAAUUUUCGUGAAUUGGAAAAGUAUAUAUAUAUAUAUAUUUGAAGACUAUGUCAAGAAUAUUAUUUUGUUAACGAAGAAAUAGAAAUUUUUCUUUGUAUUUUUCAUUUCAAAAUGGAUUUUUACUGUGAAACAGAUAUGUGAAAAUCACUAUAACACACACACACACACAUAACAUAUCUUUGUAUAUAUAUAAAAAAAAUUAAGUUAAGAUCUGCUUAUAAAUAUAAGCAACACAUGCUUAUUUUAUCAUGGAAAAUUUAUUAAUUCUACCAUGGUGAGUCUGUAUGAGCAUAUAUCCUGUACAUAAUUACUGAAGGUACGAGUCAGAUUAUAAUCGUAACGAUGAUACUAUUUGCGAUACAUUGCAUCGUUACUGUUAUUGACAUAUAAUUAUAUUAAAUAUUUGAAUGGAACGAAGCUUGUAUUCUGCGUUAAGAAUAAUCCUAAGGCUACCGAUCUUUAAUGAACUAUGUGAUGUUAUGUACCUAUACUUGUAAUGUGUAAAUAUAGAACAAAAAUGAAAUGGACAUAAAUGAUCUAUACUA